AUGCCUGAAAAAAACAAACGUUUCAAAGUUUUUGAAUGCUCACAGAAUCGAUCAGAUGACGAUUCCGGAUCAGCAUCAGGUUCUGGAUCUGAUUCAAGCUCCGGAAGUAGUAGUGAUGGAAGCAGCAGCCAGUCGAGCAGCAGUGACUCUGACUCUGGUUCAGAGUCAGGCACUCAGUCAGAAUCAGAGUCUGACACAUCUAGAGAGAAGAAACAAAUUCAGUCUAAGCCACCAAAAGUUGAUGUAUCAGAGUUUUGGAAGUCUAGUCCAAGCAUACUUGCUGUGCAAAGAUCAGCAGUGCUCAAGAAGCAACAGCAACAACAAAAGGAACCCUCAUCAGACAGUGUUUCAGGAGAGGACUCCUCAAGUAGUGAAGAUUCAGCAGAUGACUCAUCCAGUGAAACCAAGAAGAAAAAGCAUAAAGAUGAAGACUGGCAAAUGUCAGGGUCAGGAUCAGCAUCAGGAACUGGUUCUGAUUCUGAAUCGGAGGAAGAUAGGGAGAAAAGCAGUUGCGAAGAGAGCGAAUCUGACUAUGAGCCAAAAAACAAGGUCAAAAGCCGGAAACCUCCAAGCAGAAUUAAGCCAAAAAGUGGGAAAAAGAAUGCAGGACCAAAAAAAAGGCAACUUGAUUCAUCAGAGGAUGAUGAGGAUGAAGAGGAGGAGGAGGAGGAUGAUGAUGAUGAUGAUUAUGAUAAGAGGGGAUCUCGUCGCCAAGCCACAGUCAACAUUAGUUACAAAGAAGCUGAAGAAACCAAGACAGAUUCUGAUGAUUUGCUAGAGGUUUGUGGGGAAGAUGUACCACAGACUGAAGAAGAUGAAUUUGAAACUAUAGAGAAGUUCAUGGAUAGUCGAGUUGGCCGAAAAGGAGCCACAGGUGCUGCAACCACCAUCUAUGCAGUUGAGGCAGAUGGUGACCCAAAUGUUGGGUUUGAAAAGUCAAAGGAACCAGGAGAAGUACAGUAUCUUAUUAAAUGGAAAGGCUGGUCACACAUCCAUAAUACAUGGGAAACUGAGGAAACACUGAAGCAACAAAAUGUUAAAGGAAUGAAGAAACUGGACAAUUAUAAGAAGAAGGAUCAAGAAACAAAACGAUGGCUGAAAAAUGCUUCUCCAGAAGAUGUGGAAUAUUACAACUGCCAGCAGGAGCUUACAGAUGAUCUACACAAACAAUAUCAGAUAGUGGAAAGAAUAAUUGCUCAUUCAAAUCAGAAAUCAGCAGCUGGUUAUCCAGACUACUAUUGUAAGUGGCAGGGUCUGCCUUACUCAGAAUGUAGCUGGGAAGAUGGAGCUCUCAUUGCCAAAAAAUUUCAGGCACGCAUUGAUGAGUACUUUAGCAGAAAUCAAUCCAAGACUACUCCCUUUAAGGACUGCAAGGUUCUAAAACAGAGGCCACGAUUUGUUGCGCUAAAGAAGCAGCCGUCGUACAUUGGAGGACAUGAAAGCUUAGAGUUAAGAGAUUAUCAGUUAAAUGGAUUGAAUUGGCUUGCUCACUCAUGGUGCAAAGGGAAUAGCUGCAUUCUUGCAGAUGAAAUGGGUCUGGGUAAAACAAUACAAACCAUUUCUUUUCUGAACUACCUGUUUCAUGAACAUCAAUUGUAUGGGCCUUUCCUGUUGGUCGUGCCACUUUCUACCUUGACAUCUUGGCAAAGAGAGAUUCAAACUUGGGCUCCUCAAAUGAAUGCUGUAGUUUACUUAGGAGAUAUAACUAGCAGAAAUAUGAUAAGAACUCAUGAAUGGAUGCAUCCACAGAGCAAAAGAUUAAAAUUUAACAUACUCCUAACAACAUACGAGAUUUUGCUGAAGGACAAGUCAUUCCUUGGUGGUCUGAAUUGGGCAUUCAUAGGAGUUGAUGAAGCUCAUCGUUUAAAAAAUGAUGACUCUCUUCUGUACAAGACUUUAAUAGACUUUAAGUCUAACCAUCGUCUUCUUAUUACUGGAACCCCUCUGCAAAACUCCCUCAAAGAGCUUUGGUCCUUGUUGCACUUCAUCAUGCCAGAAAAGUUUUCCUCAUGGGAGGAUUUUGAAGAAGAGCAUGGCAAAGGGAGAGAGUAUGGUUAUGCAAGUCUUCACAAAGAACUUGAACCAUUUCUCCUGAGAAGAGUUAAAAAAGAUGUAGAAAAGUCUUUACCUGCUAAAGUUGAGCAAAUUCUGAGGAUGGAAAUGAGCGCAUUGCAGAAGCAAUACUACAAGUGGAUUUUAACCAGGAAUUAUAAAGCCCUCAGCAAAGGUUCAAAAGGCAGUACCUCAGGCUUUUUGAACAUCAUGAUGGAACUCAAGAAGUGUUGUAACCAUUGCUACCUCAUUAAACCACCGGAUGAUAAUGAAUUCUAUAAUAAACAGGAGGCCUUACAGCAUUUAAUACGUAGCAGCGGGAAACUAAUCCUUCUUGACAAGCUACUGAUUCGUCUGCGAGAACGUGGCAACAGAGUUCUGAUUUUCUCACAGAUGGUGAGGAUGCUGGACAUCCUGGCAGAGUAUCUGAAAUAUCGUCAAUUCCCAUUUCAGAGACUUGAUGGAUCCAUAAAAGGGGAAUUGAGGAAACAAGCACUGGAUCAUUUUAAUGCAGAAGGAUCAGAGGACUUCUGUUUUUUACUGUCUACCAGAGCUGGAGGAUUAGGUAUCAACUUGGCAUCUGCUGAUACUGUGGUUAUAUUUGAUUCUGACUGGAAUCCACAGAAUGAUCUGCAAGCACAGGCUAGAGCACAUAGAAUUGGACAGAAGAAACAGGUUAAUAUUUAUCGACUAGUCACAAAAGGAUCAGUAGAAGAAGAUAUUCUUGAACGAGCCAAGAAAAAGAUGGUGUUAGAUCAUUUAGUAAUUCAGAGAAUGGACACUACAGGGAAAACUGUGCUACAUACAGGCUCUACUCCUUCAAGCUCAACACCUUUUAAUAAGGAAGAACUGUCAGCAAUAUUGAAGUUUGGUGCUGAGGAACUUUUUAAAGAACCCGAAGGAGAGGAACAGGAGCCCCAAGAAAUGGAUAUAGACGAAAUCUUGAAGAGGGCUGAAACUCGGGAAAAUGAGCCAGGUCCAUUAACUGUAGGAGAUGAGUUGCUUUCACAGUUCAAGGUAUGGCUCUGUUCCCUCCUUCCUACCAUGAUUAUGCUUUUCUUUAUAAACA